AUGGGAACCCGAGGCCUUGAGAUAGUGCGCUUCCGCGGGCGAUACUACAUUCGCUAUCACCAGUACGACAGCUAUUUCGAGGGUCUCGGCGCCAGCAUCGUCAGCGGAGUCCCUACGCACCCCAAGCGCUACCAGGCAUGGCUCAAGUCGAUGCGAGCGCACUAUGCUGCCAUGGAACGCGACCUCGAAAGAAAUGUCUACGAGAUUCGUGACGAUUCAAAACCCGACGACUGUGUGCAGUUUAAUGAAUUCACGGAGCUUCCUACCGAGCUUCCGCGGCUCAGCCACUACUGGGACGCCGAGUGCUUUUACAUCACCAAUCUCGACCAUGAAGUCUUCACUAUAAACCACAGCAUACACUUCAAGCUGGACAGUAUCCCGCGCCAGGACGACCUGUGGCGUCGCGCCAUUUCAGAAAGCAUCUAUCUGGGCAAGCCCACCAUCUCCCCCGACCUUUGCCCCGAAGAGCAUAUGGCCUCGCUAGCUUUGGAGCUUCCCGAGCCGAACCGGGCAAUCGGAUACAAAUCCCGCUUGGUAACCCCGAGGACGAACAUCCAGGAGGCACAAGAAGUCUUUCUCACGCACGUUCUAGCCAGGACGCUUGCUGUAUACAAGGACGAAAUCGUUAGGUUCGGGAGGGAGUGGAGCCCGGACUCGUUUCCUUUCCGCGAGCUGGCCUUUGCUCUUGUCUCGAUUGCGUCUGGCCAGGCCAAAUUCCAUUCCUUUCCCGCUCAGACUAAGCUUCAAGCUCGAGGUGAGUCACCUGGAUGGCUUGGCGAAAAGUGGGUUGGCGAUAGCGCGCCGCUGCUAGAGUUUGGCUCUAUGUCUCAUCGACCGGGCGAGAGUCCAGGAGUGUCGCCCACGGAGACUAUGUAUUGGCUCGAGGGCGUGCUUGUCAGCCUUGUGCUGGUGGUUGACGGCGAGGCCCUCACUCAGGCUGUGACUCGUGGCAUCGAACAGGGAUACACCAACUUUCAGAUCGUCAUCCUAUCGCUCUUUGAAGCAGCCUUUGCCGAGGUCUCCUUUGGCGGUGAUGGGGAGCCAUUCGUUGAAGCCAGCGCUCCUAUUUAUCUCUCGCCUCUGCGUCCAGAGUAUUGUUUGAGCACACACCCGCGCGAGCGACCAGUGAUGACGCCCGAGAUGAAUUGGCAGUUCCAGACUCAGCGUGGUGAGCGUAUCAUGCAGUCGAACUGCACGGGGACGGCGCGAAAACUAUCAAGAGAGUUCCCCGGACUCGCGGCACUCGUCCAUGUCUUCGAUACCGCCGCUAGCCGCCGCGCAGCAUCCAAAUCGGCAGGGAUUUUUCCGCUGGAGUUGUAUGAUCGGAUUCUGGACUUUGUUGACUACGAUACGUGGAAAAACUGCUUGGUUGUGUCUACAGCAUUUCGUUCGUAUUGUCUGCGCAAGUACAGACUUGACGAUCGGAAGAGGAUAGUGGCAGGCCCCUUUGUGAGGUUGCGAUCGGAUCGCGACGGGAGUCUGCUUUCGUUCGACUUUGAAGACAUGCAAACGGGCAAGAUCCGUCCAGUGAUGCAGAUCUAUUCGCGUUGGCAUCCGACGGAAAGGUAUAAGUGGAUGCCGCUCAUCGGCAGUGAGCGGAAAGCGCUCAUGUUGGACGUGGGCGUCCACUUUGAGCCGGCUGGGAACUGGCCAGAGGUGUAUAGCACCGAUGAGGAGCCUGAAUGA